AUGUAUAACAGCCUUGUUACUAACAAAGGGUUUUACAACCAUCGAUUCUGUAAUACCAGUCAUGAAUAGAGGCCUGUUAAAAUUGAAUUUUCAUUCGAAGAGUCCAAACCAAUAAGCCCUUUGAUUCGUAAUGUCUAGCCUAGGAUUAGAUGGCCUUCUGCAAAUGAGCCUAAACUAAAGCUAAAUAAUUUUAACGAGAGAGGAAAAUAGUUCUAUAUGGAAACCCCAAAAAUGAAUGAUGUAUCCAGAUAAAGUCAAUCAGCUGUUGGUUGUCGACUAAACACUAAUGAAUUUAGAGCCACUUAUAGCAGAUGGAUUUGCUCACCUUUGUAGUAAGCUUCGAAUACAGUGGAAACUACAAAAGGAUUUUACACUUUAAAAUAUAUUGGAGAACACAAUUAAUAGAUAGGAGUGCUUACAAAAAAAUUAAGCAUGAUUUCAAGUCCGAAAAAAGGGAAUAAUAAGAGAAUCAGAAGCUACACUCCUUCUAUUGUAAUUAAUAACUAAUAUAUUGUCAAUAAAUAUCUAAUUCCUAGGAGAUUAGGGGAACAUAAUUGA